CCUGCCGUACUGGUGCCAUCCUGCUCUUCCCCAACACCUCUGCCGAGCGCGUGGCCAUCCUGGGGCUGGGGCCACGCCAGGGGCUGCGGGCGCUGUCGCUCUGUGCCUGGCUGGCCACUCCCCCCCGCCUCGGUGCCCUCCUCUCCUACACCACUGAGGACAGUGGCACGGAACUGGCUGUGUGUGGCCGCAGUGGGGACCUCCCUGGCUCCGCACGCUUCGUCAUGGGGGACAGGGAUUUUCGGGAGUUCCCGGUGACGUGGCUCCUGGAUGGCAAGUGGCACCACUUCUGUCUCACCUGGUCCUCCGGCCAGGGCCAGUACCGCUUCUACAUGGACAGGCGGCUGCUGGCCGCCGGCUCUGGCUUCCAGCAGGGCUAUGAAAUUCGUGCUGGUGGCUCGCUGGUGCUGGGCCAGGAGCAGGACUGCGCUGGCAAGGACUUCAGCACCAAAGAAACUUUUGUGGGUCACCUGGCUGGCUUUGCUCUCUGGAGCCGGGCUCUCCUGCCUGGGGAGGUAGCCAGCAUGGCAACCGGCCAGGGGCUGCCUCCUGGCCCCCUCCUCACGCUGGCCGAUGCCUCCCUGCAGGGUGGG